AUGUCUUCAAUUUCGUCACAGUCGUCUGGUAAAAUCACUUCUUAUGAAGAUCAUCACAAAAUGCCUAUUCAAGCCAUUUCUUACGCUGGUGAAGGGGAUGAGUUUGUCAUCCUUGAUGGAAAGAAAUACUAUCGUCAUGAAUUAAUGAGAGCUUUCGCAGGUACUUUAAACCCUGGGCUUGCACCAUAUCCAAAAUAUGAAUUUGGUAAUGCUUCAGCAGUAGGUUUAGCAAGUUUUGCCCUUUCAACAUUUGUUCUUGGUUUAUACUAUGCUGGAGCUAAAGGAAUUAAAGUUCCUAAUGUUGUUGUUGGUCUUUGUAUCUUUUAUGGUGGAUUAGUUGAAUUUCUUGCUGGUGUUUGGGAAUUCUUUUGCGGUAAUACUUUUGCAUUCACUGUUUUCUGUAGUUUUGGUGCAUUUUGGAUUACUUUAGGUACCAUGAAUGUUGAAUCCUUUGGUAUGCUUUCACAUUAUGAUGAUCCAAUAAUGGCUAAUAAUGCCGUUGGUUUAUUCUUACUGGGUUGGGGUAUUUUUACAUUCAUGAUGUUGAUAUUGACUUUCAAAGCUACUUAUGCAUUCGUGGCAUUGUUUGCUACUUUAGAUGCUGCAUUUUGGGUUUUAGCUGCUGGUAAUAUGAUUCAAAGUCAAGGUUGUAUAAAAGCUGGUGGUGUUUUAUGUGUCAUCAGUGCUUGCUGCGGGCGGUAG